AUGGCUCGGGGACGUCAAGUUUUGGCGGAUCGUAUUAUCAGUAUGAGAACCCAACUCAAGGACUUGCUCGCCAAGGAAGGUUCCACCCGCAACUGGGAGCAUAUCAGUAUUCGAAUUGGAAUGUUCUGCUUUUUCGGCAUCCGCCAACAACAAGUCGAGAGACUCAUCAAGGAGCACUCUGUCUAUUUGACCAAGGGCGGACGUAUCUCUGUUGCUGGUAUCUCUUCGAACAACGUCGCCUACCUGGCCCAUGCUCUCCACCAAGUCACCAAGUAA